CGUUGAGAAGAGGAAAAGAGGAGGGACCUCCGGCCUCCGCAGCUCUGGCACUGAUCUGGGUUCAUAUAAGGUGUUUCCUGCUGGUGGCAGUGAGAUCAUAUCAGACACACUGGACGUGGUUCCUCCAGUCGGACAGAGGAGCGAACAGAGCAGUUAUCAUGGAUUUAAAUGAUGCCAAGACUCACAACCACGAACUGGUGCCGCACAAAGGCUUCAAGCUGAUCAGCGGGACUCAUGAUCCGGAGGAUGUGGACCAGAUUUACAACCUGGAGAUCAGAGACUCUGACGUGUUUGUCGUCACAUACCCGAAAUCAGGGACCAUCUGGAUGCAGCAGAUCCUGCUGCUCCUGGAGAUGAAAGGAGAUGUGACGGCCAUCAGCAAGCUCAAUAAGUUCUCCAACGCAGAUCUCAUCCCCUGGAUCGAAGUGAACGGCAACAGACAGGCGUUCAUCACGGCCCCGUCACCCAGACUGAGGGUCACCCACCUGCAGCACCAGUUCAUGCCUCCUGCUCUGAGCCAGAGGGGCAAGGUGAUCUAUGUGGCAAGAAAUCCCAAAGAUGUCCUUGUGUCUUACUUCUACUUCCAUAAACUCGCAAACAUGUUGGAGACGCCGAAGGAUUUCGACGAGUUCUUUGAGAAGUUCAUGAGAGGAGACGUGUUUGGGUGCAGCUGGUUUGAUCACGUUAAGACCUGGUUCUCUCACAAGGAUGAUAUGAACAUGUUGUUCAUCACGUAUGAAGAAAUGAUCCAGGACCUGCAGUCUGCAGUGGAGAGGAUCUCCUCGUUCCUGGGGAAAGAGCUGACUGACGAGCAGCUGGCCAACGUGGUGAAACACAGCACCUUCAAGAACAUGAAGAAGAUCCCUCAGGCCAACUACGAGCAGGUGCCAGGUGAUUUGCUCAACCAUCACCAGGGCAGGUUCAUGAGGAAAGGGACCAUCGGGGACUGGAAGAACCACUUCACUGUGGCCCAGAACGAGAAGUUCGACAAGGUCUUCCACAAAGAGAUGAAGGACUUUCCUCUGUCGUUUAUCUGGGACAUCAGGGACAUGGAGUGAUCCCUUGUUCGUCUCAUGACUGACAACACAAAAAGAAGAACACAGUCACAGUUGCAGCUUCAUGAACUCUGUGCUAUACAGAAAAAAAACUAUCUGCUUCUCCUCUUCCUCCUUCAGCCAUACAGAGUCUCUCUCUUCAUUCCGGGCAGCAAGUGGUUUCCAUUCAUUUUAGACAUUUUAAAAUCUAUGCAAAAACUUAUUUUUGACAAAGUAGAAUCAAUAUUCUCAUGGUCAUGCAGUAGGUAUGUUGUGAUGUAGAAAGCCUUGUUUUGUGCUCAUGUAAGAAGUGUCAGAGUUGAUGUGCAGAGAACAGAUACAGCUGAUGGGGUCAGCUCUGUUUAACUGUUGUCACAUUUACAUUGUUGUUGCUUGGUUCUGCACAUGGAGCAGUUACUGUGGCAGCAGUAAAUGAACAUCUCUGUUCACUGUUAAGCUCUAUGCAUGUUUAGUUUGUUACUAUAGUGAAAGGCCUCACCUGUGAAGUAGAACUGAUCUCAUUCAUAGUAAACAUGUUCUAUGGAAUGACUUCUCUGGCUGCUAAAUAUAUAAUAGAGUCUGUAUUGAUGGUCACAGAAAUCACAGUUUAAACCUGAAAAUGAUGAAUACAUGUCGGAACCACACUCACUGUUUGUGUUCAGUGACAGAGUCAUGUGGUCUGAACUGCAGGACUGGACUCGAGUCGCACGACUUGGACUCUGAAUCCAACUCGAGUCGGGAACCUGAAGACUGACUUCAGACUUGACAACAUCAAAAAAGACCAACGACUGGACUUUGACCUCAACACCAACGACUCGUGACGUCAUUUGUUCUUCAGCCUCUUGACUCAGACUGACAAAUCCUUGACUCUUUGUUUCCAUGCCAACAGAUACAGUUUGAAUCAGCUGAGGUUUGGGCUGCUCAUGCUGCAGAGCUGCAGACAAAGGACACACUCACACACACACACACACACACACACACACACAUACACACGUUUACAUGAAAGACACAGUGUGCAUACAGAAACUCACUCAGUAUUUUUACCAAGACUUAAAUAUUAAACCUGUGACUCUGGACUUCACAGCGACUUGAAACUGCCACAGACAACUUGUUAACUCAGUAACUCCGGGGACAUAUUCAUUAACACUGUAUAUUCAUGUAUGUUGAACAAUAUUAAUGAUAUUUUAUGAAGAUUACAUUAAAGUGAACAUACUGUGUGUGACAGUACAAUGUGGGAAUCAUUAGAGGAGGACAGAGCUGGCUUAUGGAAGAACAACACUGUCGAACACUGACUUCCAACACUGAUGUUUAGUCCUGUUAACUUAUGUUCAACCAUCAUGUUACCAGAUGUAAAUUAUAUAUUUUCAAUAUUACACUGUAUUUUAUUCACUUCUUAUAUGACUGUUUGUGUAAAGACAAUAAACACUGAUGCACUGAGA